AUGUCAGAUUUAGAAUGGAUAGUUAAAGUGCCUGAAGUAAAGCAUUUUACUUUCGAUAAAAUUCCCGAUUUGACUGGAAAAGUUGCAGUCGUUACAGGAGGAAAUAACGGGAUAGGAUAUACUACCUGUAGGGAAUUGGCCAGACAAAAUGCUCAUGUGUUUGUAUUAAGUCGUACCGUCGAGAAAGGUCAGGCUGCCGUUGAAAAAAUCAAAUCUGAGACCGGUAAUCAGAAUGUUGAAUUUCUAAAAUUGGAUUUAAAAAGUUUAAAAUCUGUUCAUGAAUGUGCCGAAAGUUUCUUGGCUAGGAAUUUACCAUUGCAUAUUCUAAUUAACAAUGCGGGAGUCACGACAUCUAAAUUUUCACUUACUGAGGAAGGAAUUCAAGAGGAAUUUGGUGUAAAUCAUGUCGGACAUUUUCUUUUCACUAAUUUAUUAUUAGAAAAAAUUAAAGCUUCACAACCAGCACGUAUAGUAAAUCUUAGUAGUCAUGCUCAUAAAUUAGUUGAGGGUGAAAAUUUUUUCGAGAAAUUAAAUGAUCCUGCUCAAGGUCCAGGGGCACGUUAUUCUUUAUCAAAACUUGCAAAUGUUUUAUUUACUACUGAAUUAAAUAAACGCUAUCUUAAAGAAACGAAAGUAUAUGCUAACUCUGUUCAUCCAGGCGUCAUUAAUACCAACAUGUUGACUAGAAACCAUUUUUCUGCACCAGACAUGUUCUUUACUAAUUCAAUUUCACCUGAAGAUGGUGUUAUCACUACUUUAUAUUGUGCUACAAGUCCAGAAAUCGAACAGAAAAAUUAUCGUGCAAAGUAUUUUGAACCAUUUGGUAAUGAAUGUGAAUCGUCCACAUAUGCCCAAGAUGAGGAUUUAGCUAAAAGAUUUUGGGAAUAUACCGAGAAAUUGAUAAAUGAAAAAUUCCCACAAAAAUAA